CCAUUGAUGGAAGUGCAGUUUCCAUGUGUGAGCGCACACUUCACGGUACAGUAGCCCGGAGAUGACUGCGAGUCCCAUCUCCAGAGGCAGUUUUUCAGAUGUUGCUUCAGGACACUUAACAACAACAACAACAACAACAAAGGAUCUGCAAUAGGAGGUAUUUUAAAACGACAGCUCUUUUGUACACUCGCUAAAAUAUACUAUCUGUAAAUUAUAUAUUGUAAUCAUAAACUCUAACUGCGAUGUGGUUUGAAAUAAGCCACACAAACAAGAUAAGCAGUAAGUGUGCGCCUGUGGCCCUCAGCCCGCCCCUCGCGGUGCCGUAAUUAGAGGCUCAUUCCUUCAGUCAAGCUGCAACUGCGACUCUCAGCUCCAUCAAAUCCACUUCUUUUCCCAGUCUAGCUGCUUCUUCUUCAUCUUUUUUUAAGGAGCACUGCAGCUUUUUCACACAUCCCCGCGGAACAACCAGCAUCGGAAAGUCCACCUCGUCCACGUCUGUUUCUCUCCAGUUUUUGAUACUUUGAGUCUCACCUCUGUCAAUGGCUUUGCGCGUAGCGCUGCUCUUCUCUCUGUUCGGAGUUCUUCUUGGCCAAGGAGCAGAACAAAUCUCAAUGGAGGACUGCUGUAAAAAUGGGCAAAAGCAUGGCACCGAUCAUGAAGACUGUGCAUCCCUGCCCCUUAUCUCUGAGUCAACCACAUGCAGGAUAGUGCAGGAGCAGUGCUGUGUAACAGUGCUCGAGGAUAAAAUGUGCACCAAUGGUAUCAACAUUGCCAAAGACCAGGGGGCCUGCGAUUCUUUAUUCACCAACACCUGCGACACCAAGACUACAAAGAUGUGCUGUGACUGUUGUACUCUGGGUAAAACAGCCCAUGAGCUUGGCCUAUCCUGUGACCACAACCUAUCUGUUGGCCAUCAGUGCAAUCUGGUGUCCCGGGCCUGCUGUGUGGAAGGAGCCACAGCGCAUCAGAGAGAACUGCCUAACAAGGACGAGACAACUGAAAAUGGAGAUUCAGCAUUAAAUAAUCAGUGCAAUGGGAAGUGUGCUCAUCGCUGUGUGGGGAAUGACACUUGUGCCUGUUUCAAAGGCUAUAAACUCAAACCAGAUGGAAAGAGCUGUGAGGACAUCAACGAGUGUUUGGUGGGAGCCAGCAACUGUCGGGGAGGAGAGCGUUGCAUCAACACGGAGGGCUCGUUCCGUUGCCAGAGAGAAGUCAGCUGUGGAACAGGAUAUGAGCUCACUGACAGCAACAACUGCAAAGAUAUUGAUGAGUGUGAGACCGGUAUCCAUAACUGUGGACCGCAGUUUCAAUGCCAAAACACCCAGGGGUCGUUCCGUUGUCUGCCCAAAGUUCAGUGUGGAUCUGGCUUUAUCCAGGAUGCUCUUGGAAACUGUAUUGAUAUAAAUGAAUGUGUUAGCCAGACAGGUCCAUGCAACAGGGGGCAGAUCUGUGUCAACACAGUGGGCUCGUACACCUGCCAGAGGAACUCGGUUAACUGCGGUCGAGGAUACCACCUCAAUGAAGAGGGCACACGCUGCGUUGAUAUCGAUGAGUGUAAGACUACUGAAAACGUCUGUGGAGGUCAUGCGUGCCUCAACAUGUUGGGGUCUUACCGAUGUGAGUGUGAAGCUGGCUACAUGUUCAAUAGCAUCACUCGGCUUUGUGAAGAUGUCAAUGAAUGCAGGCAUUACCCUGGUCGUCUGUGUGCUCAUAAGUGUGAGAACACUUUGGGAUCCUACAAAUGUAGCUGCACUACAGGCUUCGCGUUAGCUGCUGACGGCAGAAAUUGUGAUGAUUUGAACGAGUGUGAGAGCACCCCAUGUAGUCAAGAGUGCGCCAAUGUGUACGGUUCCUACCAGUGUUACUGCCGCCGUGGCUACCAGCUUAGUGACCUAGAUGGCACUACUUGUGAAGAUAUAGAUGAAUGUGCCCUGCCCACCGGAGGUCACAUUUGCUCCUACCGCUGUCACAACACGCCUGGCAGUUUCCACUGUUCCUGCCCCGUCAAUGGCUACACCUUGGCGGUAAACGGGCGCAGCUGCCAGGAUAUUGAUGAAUGUGUGACAGGAAGCCAUACGUGCACAGAGAAUCAAAGCUGCUUCAAUGUACAGGGAGGAUUCAGAUGCCUGUCUUUCGAGUGUCCGAACAAUUACAGACGGGUCGGAGAGACAGCGGCGAGGCUUGAACGGUCUGAAGUUGUUCGCUGUGUAAAGUCCUGUCAGCCCAAUAACAUCGCCUGCGUUCUGGACCCCACGCACUCAGUGUCACACACCUUCAUUUCCCUGCCUACUUUCAGAGAACUACCAAGGCCUGAGGAGAUCGUCUUCCUGAGAACAACAGUGCCAGCCUACGGGUCCUAUAACUUCGGGAGUUACGAUGUCAAGUUUGACAUCCUGGAGGGCAACGUGGACAACGCCUUCGACAUCAUCAAGCGAGUGGAGAAUGGGCUGUAUGUGGGUAUUGUUCGCCAGGUGAAGCCUCUGAUUGGUCCAGCGAUGACAGUACUCAAGCUAUCUAUGCGCAACCUGACAAUUCAGGGCGACUCUGGCCAUAACAUCGUCAACGUCCAUGUGUUUGUCUCAGAGUUUUGGUUCUGAAAAUGUCAAGAUUUUACCAACAAUCACAAUAUAAGACAUCCAUUGUCAACACUGUACACAUUGGUUUUGUUAUAUCAAUGGACAUAUCAGUGUCGAGGUUUUAAUGUUAUGUGUUGACUAUGGAAUUGCUUUUGACUGUUGCUGAGAUGAAAUGCUCCUAGCUGCUUCUGAAAAGAGCAAUACACUUUGUUUUGAUGACAAGCUCAGCAUUAUGUGCACAAAUAUGAAGAAACUUUAUAUUUUAAAAAGACUUUUUUAAUUGAACGUGCAUGCAUUUGGAGAGGCCCUUAAAGGAUAUGGGGAUUACAUUCAGCCAUACUCUUUUCAUGAUGUUUAAGCCUCUGUUUUUAAAACACCUACCUUUCCUUUCCUACUGUGCACAAACUUUUUUAAAGGAAUAAACAUUAUUUUUUUUGUUACAGUA